GACCGUGAGCUUGUGAGAGAAAGGUGGCUCCGCGAGGCCAGGUUACUGAACAUUUUAGCACCGUAUUUUUGUUCAAAGAUGAUGCAUCGUUCAGUGCCAUCAAGGUGUUUGGAAGUAAUUUAAUGAUAUAGGUUGCUUCUUCAGCCUCGAACCCUCGUCGCCCCGCCGUCAGGAGCCGGAGCAGCCAGAGCAGAAACCUCGGGAUAUGAGAGAUAAGACGGGCGAGAGGAGAUAGAGAGAGAGGAGACGCGGGGAAAAUGAGAAGGAUUCUGCGAGCGUGUCCAUCCGCGAGAAGCAGCCGGAGGUGAGCCGCGAGGCCGCAGCGAAGAGCGGCGGCGACAUUUCUGCGACGCCGAGGAAAUGCCUGGUGAACACUGCGCGUCUCGAAGAUAUUUCAUUGAUGCACUCGAGGGGAAAAUUUGCUUUUGAAAAUAAACAAAAAGAGAUCGAGUGAAGAAGCGUCGCCAUAUUAAAGUCGCGAGCUCUGUGUCGACUGGCUGGAAUAUUUCUCACGGAAAGUAUUUCUCUUGUCAGGAAAUGAAACCUUCAAGGAUUCCUUAGAAGAGUUGUGUGUGUGUGUUUUCUCUUUUAUUGUGAGGAAAGGAAUUCCAAGUGCCUUUGCAAAGUGCCUUGAUUUUCGUAUUGAUGUGAUACUGAUUUUGAACUUGAUUUUGUUGGCAUCAGGGAACGUGUUUCACGGUUUUGAUUUAUUUAACAAGCGAGGCAGAUCACGUGACGCCCUUGCUGAUUGAUAGUUGCUGUCGUCAGGUGUGAGAAUAAAUAUAUUUUCCUAAUAUUCAACCAUAGCAUAGAAUCAAAGAAAAUAAUUAUCAUACAAGCGUAAGCAGGGAUUAAAAGAGAAUCAGUGUGCCUCCCGAGAAGAGGAAAGCGCCGCCCGGACCGCGGAGGCCGUCCGCCGCCCCCUUCUCUCCUUCUUCUGCCUCUCCUUCGGCCCCUUUGCUCUCCCGGCCGCUCCUCCGCAACCGCCAAGCUGGAUAAAUUAACGGUCAAGAUGUCCUCGACGCCGCCCAAGGAUUACCGGCGGGAGAUCGACGCGGUUUAUCCGGAACCGCUGUCGAGGCUUAACCGCGUGGUGGAGCCGCACCCGCACUCCUACAAGCGCGCCAUCAAGAAGAAGAUGAACAGGAGCGGACGCUUUCGGACGACGCCCGUCACCUUCGAUGAGAUUAAG